AUGCCUGACUGGAGAGCCGGGGAUUCAGUGCGAGGUGCAGGACAGACCGUUAACAGCUGUCGUCUAGUGUUGAGGGUCCUGAGAGAGUCCAGUUCUCCUGUUGCUGUCAUGGGCUUCAGGGCGGUGCUGCUGUCCUCCCUGCUGGUGUCUCUGAGCUUGACCAGAGGAGCCGUCAUCACAGGGGCCUGUGAAAGAGACGUGCAGUGUGGGUUUGGUCUUUGCUGUGCUGUUAGUCUAUGGCUGAGGGGCCUGAGGAUGUGUGUCCCAAGAGGUGUGGAAGGGGACGAAUGCCACCCCUUUAGCCACAAGGUGCCCUAUCCAGGAAAAAGGCAACAUCACACCUGCCCCUGCCUCCCUCACUUGGCAUGCUCCAGAUUCGGUGAAAGCAAGUAUAGAUGCACUGAUGACUUCAAAAACCUGGACUUUUAA